CCCCGCUUUAGGAGAUGCAUCCUAGUCUGCGCGCGCCUUGGGGAGGUGCGCGCACGCCUUUUUGCGACAGAGAACAAAGCUCGCGCGCAGCGAGUGUGUAUGAGAGAGAGAGAGAGAGAGAGAGAGAGAGAGAGAGAGAUCGUAUGUUUUUGAAUUGUCAGUACUCUGCCCUCAUUACCCAACACGGUUGCACGUUGAGGAGGGGCGUGUGUCCACAAAAUGCACGUGUAUAAAGCUCAUGCCACUCUGCCGCUCUGCACACACGUUGUGUCGGACCCUCGGUAGGCAUCCUCUUCCCGGACCCUCAGCAUCCCCUCACACGACUUUCAGAUAUUUUUCCCGCGGGUUCUUUAAACACACCGGCGGAUUUAUCUCCGUUCAGGAUAUGACCAUGAGGCAUCUCUGGUUGUCUGCAGUAGUUGCUGUUUAUCUCGCUGGGUGCAUCGCUGACGCCGAAACGGCUUCCCGGAACUCCAUCAAGAACCUGCAGCCUGGAGCAGCAGGAAGCGCCGAGCCGGUGAGCGCGAGCCCACAAGCGCCCAAGACAGACCCGGGAGCCGGAGAGCGCACAGCGCCUCAGAGCUGCGGCGGUGUUUCUCAGUGCGCUGUUUCGGAGUUCUGCUCUCGCGGGAUUUGUCAGCCGUGCCGCAAACGCAGGAAGAGAUGCGCUCGAGACGCGAUGUGCUGCGCAGGAAACCGGUGCAUUAACGGUGUUUGCCAAGCAGGUGAAGUAAACGCCACUCAGGUUGUCAGCACGACGGUUAUCUCCAAGCAGACCACUGAGGUUCAUAACAACCCUACAAGUGCAUUAGGUGACCAGAUCAAAACAGUGGUGCAACAGCAGCCUAAAAAGACAACUGUCGCCUCUUCAAGACCAGAUGAACCGAAAGUUGAAGGAGACAAGUGUCUGAGGUCCUCAGACUGCUCCAAGGGUCUGUGCUGUGCUCGCCACUUCUGGUCUCGGAUCUGUAAGCCAGUGGUGACGGAGGGCCAGAUCUGCACGCGUCACCACCGCAAAGACAGUCACGGCCUUGAGAUCUUCCAGCGCUGCGAAUGCGAUCAGGGCUUGGUGUGCAGAGCCGAGAAAGAUCAAGGGUCAGAUAACCUGCAGCAGCAGCAGCAGCAGCAGCAGCAGCAGCAACAGCAGCAGCAACAGCCUCGCAAAAACACGAACAAAGCAACCAGACCCCUUCACACAUGUCAGCCACGCUAGGACAUAUUUAGGACAACUGGCUUUUAAUGCUCCCUCACAUUCACUCACACAUGCGUAUUCACACACGUUUGCAUACGUUCAAUAUCACAUGUGCAUGCAUGGACACAGGCAGAAGGGACACAGGAGAACUGAUUCCCUGAAAGGACGCCCCAUUAUAAGGAUAGAUCAGAUUUUGUGGAUGGAUGCAGAAAAAGUGCACCGUGUUGAAGACUGAAUGUAGGACUCUGCCCUAAAGACAAGUUUUGUUUGUUUGUUUGUUUUUUUCCAGAUCUUUAGGAAGACAGAGUGAUGUUUCCCUUUAUAAGGGAACUAUACAAAUUUCUUGCAGUAAAUUACUGUAUUGUACGUGGCACUUAACGGAGCUUAUCAAUUCUGUAAAAGUAGUUUUGUGAGACCUGGUGCUGCAUGACACUAUGCUAAUAAUGUAAAUAUGCAAAUGAUAUGAUUUAUAUUAUUAUUUACA